CUUCCACAAUAUCCAAUCCCAGAUAGACUUAGAAAAUGUGUGGAACAAAAAAUGGACAUCCUGACUUUCCAGCCAUUACUUGCAGAGCUUCUGAACAUGUCAAAUUACAAGGAGAAGUUUUCGACUUUGCUGUGGCUUGAGGAGAUUUAUGCAGAAAUGGAGCUGAAAGAGUACAACAUGAGUGGGAUCGUCUUAAGAAGGAAUGGGGAUCUGCUGGUUCUGGAGGUCCCAGGGUUGGCCAAAGGGAGACCUUCUCUGUACACAGGUGAUAAACUGAUUUUAAAAACUCAAGAGUACAAAGGACAUGCCAUCAAAUACAUCAGCUACGUGACUGAGAUUCAUGAAGAAGAUGUAACUCUUAAAAUUAAUCCAGAAUUUGAACAAGCCUAUAACUUUGAACCUAUGGAUGUGGAAUUCACAUAUAAUAGGACUACAAGCAGACGGUGUCACUUUGCACUUGAACAAGUCAUCCACUUAGGUGUAAAAGUGUUGUUUCCAGAAGAAAUUAUUUUACAGUCUCCCCAAGUGACAGAAAAUUGGAACCAUGAACAAGACACCAAAAGCAACGGACAGUCCACCAGCAAAAAGGUAGUGCUCAACAACGUAACUGUCUCUACACAGGGGAUGGGAAUUUCCUUCUUGGCGUAUUAG